AUGGGAAUGAAUGUUCACCUAGGCAAGAUUUUUAGUAAGGCUUUUCGCGGACUAUUCAACAUAAGACAGAUCAGAAAAUUCCUUACCGUGCAAUCCACAAAGACACUGAUCCAUGCCUUUGUAUCUUCGCACCUUGAUUACUGUAACGUACUUCUAUUUGGUCUACCUAAAUAUCAACUUGAUGGUUUACAGAAAGUUCAGAAUGCCGCGGCUAGAGUGACUUUUCACAUUGCGAAAUUUGAUCAUAUCACACCCGCUCUCACCGACUUACAUAGGCUUCCAAGUAACGUUUAGAGUUCAGUUCAAAUUGCUCCUUUUUGUUUACAAGUCACUACACAACCAAAGUCCAUCUUACAUUAACGAUCUUUUAUCCCUGAAACCAGCUGCUAAUUAUGCUCUUUGUUCGUCUGCACAAUCUCUUCUGUUCGUUCCAAAAGUCAACUGCUCUACACUUGGGGAUCGGGCUUUUGCUCAUGCUGCACCUGUUUUAUGGAACUCGCUGCCAUUAACUAUAAGAACAAGUAGCAGCCUCGCCAUUUUUAAAAAGCAACUUAAAACAUUUCUUUCUAACAAAGCUUUUAAUUUGUUGGAAUGGUUCUAAUGUUAAAUUUUAAUUUAGUUUGGAAUUUUCGAAUUUCAUUUUUUUAGAUAUUACCAUAGCAUAACAUAUUAUUGUUAUUAUUAUAGCUUUCAGGGAUUUUUAAAUUUUUUAUUUAUUAUUUAUUUAUUCAUUAAUUUUAACCUAAUGUAAAGCGCUUUUGAAUAUUCUUCUAUAGUUUUAGCGCUAUCCAAAUCCAUUAUCAUUAGCAUUAUAGAUCAUUAACCGAUUAGAGAGAUCUAUUUAGCUAAUGAUCCGGGUAAGGUGGAUAGCAAUUUCUUUUGUUAUGAGGCAACGGUGCUUUCCCCAAAUAGGAAAGUUCUCAUUUUUACACAGAGAAUGCAUAAACCUACAUGAAGGCCGUUUACGCAAUAAAAUGCAUUUACACUCCACUUUGAAAGGGUGUUUUUUUGUGUUAAAAGAUUUUCACCAAUCACAAGAGUUGAAAACAAUAGUCAAGAAAAGUUUACAAUUUUACAUGUUCCCACACAGGAUUUCUUUGUUAUUUAUACAUAGACCAGAUUUUGUUAUAUGGAAGAUGGUUGGAAAGUAAGGAUGAAUAUAUGUACCGCUGUAUGAAGUUUUGUUAACUUUUGCUGUUUAAGCCAAUCAGAAGUAAGUACAGACAAUAGAAACGUUAGCACCUUUUUUGCAUUCCAACACGUUCGUUGCCGUUGUUACUAUCGUUCUUAUCUGGACCGUUUCUUAAUAGUGUUAUUGAAAGUCCUGACAAAGCAGAUUAUUCGAAUUUAAAUACAAUUGAACCUAGGUAUUAUAAUACAAAGCAAACUGGUGUUUCUUUUCAGAAAGCUUCGUCAAAAGGUUUCUCAAUAUUUCACUGUAAUAUUCGUAGCUUGCCUAAAAUUUAACUCUCCUUAAUGAUCUAUUACUAACGGUAAAGGAAUUGCCUAGUAUUAUAGCAGUCACUGAAGCCAAAUUAGUCGAAAACAAUCCCUACAAUAUAUCCAUACCAGGAUAUAAUUUUGUAAACAAGGUUUCAAAAACAAAUGCUGGAGGAGCUGGGUUGUACAUAGAAGAUAAAUUAUAAUUCACUAGAAGGUCAGACUUAGAUGUAAUAUUAGAGGUCCUUGAAACUUGUUAAUAGAACUACAUAGAGCGAAGUUUAUUAAAAACGUCUUUAUUGGAUGUGAUUACAGGCACUCUGCUAAUGACCGGGAAAAGUUUCACGAAAUAUUAAAACAGAAACUAGAAUAUCUAAACUUUAAAGGCUACGAGAUUUACAUUAUAGGUGAUAUAAAUAUCAACUUUUUCAACUACAACAAUGAUGAACAAACUUCUGAAUUUCUUCACAUGCUUUUAGAUCUUGGGCACUUGCAAAUUAUCACUAAGGCUAAUAGAAUUACAGACCAUAGCGCAGCCCUCAUUGAUCUCAUUUACAUAAACUUCCCCUAA